CUUUAAUUUCUUGAGUUCAACUUCAAGGACCAGCGCCUGUUGCCAGUGCAAGCUUGGUCGAUAGAAAGUCGAGCAAAGCUUGGUGGCACGGAGAGCAGGCUAUUACUACAGCAGGCUCUUAAGCCGGCUGAUUUGUGUGGAGUUCUCUACGCGGCUUUCUGCAUAGCUACAGCCUGGACAAGGACUAUGGGAAGUCCCGCUCGGGUCCUGCGAAGCUCUGUGUUCUUGUUGCAUUGUUUGGCUCCUGAAGGUUGAGGAAUACGUUUUGUCCAGGCUGGCCCGGUCCCAGACUUGGAGCAUCUAUUAAGUUGGCUGGAUCUCCCUCUUUGUGUCAUCUGCGUUGGGUACUCAGCCACUGAGCAGCAGUCACGUCCGCUUGUAAGCACUUUCAGACGCAUAUUAAAGCAGCCUAUCUGCAUUAAGGGCCGGAUCUUAGGCACUCACCGCAGCACGUUCAACACCGCACCCGCUAGCAAAGGCCCACUCUGUGCAUCUAGCCAGCUUUGCGCAAUUGCAGCAAUCGUGCUUCAAUCUGCUCGGACAUGUACAAAGGGGAGGCACGCAGCGCUAAGCAGGACUCCGUGGGCCGGGAAGAGCUGGGGAAGAAGCGUGCGGACGUGGACGGGGGGGAGAGGGCGGGGCCGUCCUCGCGGGGGAAUGGUUCUCGGGACAGGGAGAGGUCUGCGGGAGGAACGGCAGGAGCCAUGCGCAGGAGCAGCGCGACCGAAGCCCGGGCGGGCAACUUUGACAAGAGCACAUACCCGGAUGACGGGGAGGAUUCGGACACCGACAGCGAAGAGUCCGACGUGAGCGGGUCCGACGAGGAGGACACGUCGUGGAUCGCGUGGUUCUGCAGCUUGAAGGGGAACGAGUUCUUCUGCGAGGUGGACGACGAGUACAUCCAGGAUGACUUUAACCUCAGCGGCCUGAGCAGUCAAGUGCCCUAUUAUGACUAUGCUCUGGACCUCAUCUUGGACGUCGAAUCACCCAAUGAUGACAUGCUAACCGAGGAACAGCACGAGAUGGUCGAGUCUGCGGCGGAGAUGCUCUACGGGUUGAUCCACGUCCGGUACAUUCUCACGACGAGAGGGAUGAGCGCCAUGCUGGAAAAGUACAAGAACGUUGACUUCGGGCGGUGUCCCCGGGUCUAUUGCUCCGGGCAGCCGUGCCUCCCGAUGGGCCAGUCCGACAUCCCGCGAACGAGCACCGUCAAGAUUUACUGCCCCAAAUGCGAAGACAUCUACUACCCGCGCUCGAAGUACCAAGGCAACAUCGACGGGGCGUACUUCGGGACAACGUUUCCCCACCUGUUCCUGAUGACUUACUCCUACAUCAAACCUCCUAAGCCGACCCAGAGUUACGUGCCUAGAAUAUUCGGCUUCAAAUUACACAGCAGCGCCAAAUAGGACGUACCUGGUGUUUAGUGGAUUGUAUUGAAAGAUGGAACUUGUAUCGUCUCGAUCUCGUUGCCUACACGACAAGGAUUAGGUUUGGAGGUAAAGAGUGCACGUAAACAGCGCUUGUAAAGGUCUUGAAGGGCUGCCCGGUUCUCAACGCAAGCUGCGUUGGAUAGUACUGUCCACUGACUUACUGAUCUUGAUCUGCCACCACUGCCAAUGCAGGGGGAUCGUACGUGCAUGCGUGUAGCAUUGAUG